AUCAGUGUUUCUUCACGACCGGCAAUUUUGAUAAAUGCUUGGAUAAAUGUGAAAUCAUUAAUAUAUUCAUUGGAAGUUUUAACUCCUUAUUUUUUCCUACAAUAUAUGUGUUAGUCUUUUGUAGGUCUUUAUCCUAGAACUUCUUGUUCGAUAUGUACAAAAGGGAUUCUGGUGGCCAGAAGAAUGAUUGGCGUGGAGGAUAUGAAGAAAGAAGAAGAGGUGGAAGGGGUCGUGGUAGUGGACGAGGUCGUGGUGGUGGACGAGGUCAUGGUGGUGGUAGAGGUGGUCACCCACCCGGGUUAACUGGUGCACAGAUAGGAAUGUGGUAUAAAGAAAAAUCUGAACAGUCAAACAUCAGAAAGGAGAGGGAACAGCGUCAAGAGGUGUCAAUGUCUAAAUCACAUGAACAACAUUUGAGAAAGAUGAUUGAUAGUUUGGAUGAGUGUGAAUCUUCAUCGUCAUCUACAGAUCAACAAGACUGGUUUCAGGCGAUAAAUUUCCAGGAAAAUCGAUUCCCGCGCAUUAUGUUGAAAAAUGACGAAGUAAUGAAUGAGAUCUUAAAGAAAGAUUUGAUUGAUAAGAAGAAACUAGGGGACCAGAUGAUGGAGUUCAGAAAAAAGCUUCCAGCAUUUGCUGUGAAAGAUAAAAUUGUUGACUUGGUUGCCAUGAACCAAGUUGUUUUAAUCAGUGGGGAAACUGGAUGUGGUAAAACUACACAGGUACCGCAGUUUAUAUUGGAUGAUGCUAUUGAGAAGGGAGUGGGAUCUAGUUGUCGUGUUGUAUGUACCCAACCAAGGAGAAUAAGCGCGAUUUCAAUUGCUGAAAGAGUUGCACAAGAGCGUGGUGAAACUGUUGGAAAUGGAAGCACUGGAUAUCAAAUUCGACUUGAAAGUAAACCACCACGUGACCAAGGAUCGAUCAUGUUUUGUACUAUAGGAGUGUUAUUAAGGUGGCUCAUGUCUGAUCCUAACCUUUUACGAAUGAGUCAUGUAAUUAUUGAUGAAAUCCACGAGCGGAGUAUACUGUCAGAUUUUCUACUUAUUGUCGUUCGAGACAUUUUACCUAGAAGACCCGCUCUACGAGUUGUUCUUAUGAGUGCCACCUUAAACGCAGAUAUAUUUUCAGAAUAUUUUGGAGGUUGUCCUAUACUUAACAUACCAGGAUUUACGUUUCCUGUGAAGCAAUACUUUCUUGAGGAAAUUGUCAAGACACUUAGAUACCAAUGUCCUCCGACGAAGAAGAGAAAAUUAUGGGGAAGGAGAAAUAAGAAAGAUGAUUUAAACAGAGAAGAAAUGUGGAAAAAAUAUUUAAUUGACUUACAUCACAGUGAGAACGAUUCUUUCACGGCAGAAUCUUUAGCAAAUAUGGAUUUUGAAAAGAUCGAUCAUUCUUUAGUGGAGCAACUUCUUAUGCAUAUUGGUCGAAAUAUGAAAGAGGGUGCCGUUCUUGUGUUUCUGCCUGGUUGGCAAGACAUAUCUGCAUUGAAUGACAUUUUGAAGAAAAAUCCAUUUUUCUCUUCUGACAAGUUUCUAGUUCUGCCGCUGCAUUCGUUGAUGCCAACUGUAAACCAGCGUCAGAUCUUCGACAGACCUGCUUGUGGUGUGAGAAAGAUCAUUUUGUCAACAAGUUUGGCCGAGACAAGUAUCACGAUUGAUGAUGUUGUCUUUGUGGUUGACUGUGGUAAAACAAAAGAAUCGAAUUUUGACGUCGACAAACAACUUUCUACACUCCUACCAGUUUGGAUAAGUAAAGCUUCGUCCAAACAACGGAAAGGUCGCGCUGGAAGGGUUCAAGAAGGUGUGUGCUUUCAUUUGUUCACAAAAUUUCAUUAUGAAGAAAUGAAUGAUUAUCAGCUUCCUGAAAUAUUGCGAACACCCUUGGAAGAGAUUUGCUUACAAGUGAAGUGCCUGAAACUGGGUAUGGUGGAAUCUUUUUUAAAAAAAGCCUUACAAUCACCAUCAGACAAAUCAAUCGCACUCGCCAUUGAAUCGCUGAAACAGCUAAAUGCGUUUGAUUCAAGUGAAAACCUCACACCUUUAGGUGUGCAUUUAGCUCGCCUACCUGUACAUCCAAAAAUUGGGAAAAUUAUUUUACUCGGUGCAAUAAUGUCCUGUUUGGAUCCAGUCCUCACGAUCGCAUCAAGUAUGGGAUUUCGUGAUCCGUAUGUUGUACCCUUGGAAAUGGUGGAGAAAGCAGAUAAAACCAGAAAAAUGUUUUCUCCUGGAACACAAAGCGAUCACCUCACUUUAUAUGAAGCCUUUCGUAAAUGGGAGGUUGCGGAAAGAUGUAGCAACGGAAAGCAGUUUUGUUGGGAUAACUUCCUCUCGUUUUCGGUCUUGAAGUCCAUCAAAAAUAUGAAAACUCAGCUCGCAGAACAUCUUUUUGAUGCCGGUUUCAUUGAAUCAACGGAUUCAAAGCAAUUUACCGCUAACUGUAACUCAGAAAACCAAUCGUUAAUAAAGGGAAUUUUGUGUGCUGGUUUUUAUCCCAACGUCAUUCAUGUUACACACUUUCCCAAUUCAAGAAGGCCUCCAAAACUUACUGUUCAACAAGACGGGCGUAUGGUAAGAGUAGAAAUCCAUCCUAAGUCAGUGAAUCAUGAUGAAUACAACUUCCUAAGCAACUGGUUGAUAUACUUGGAAAAAGUAAAAUCGACUAAGAUAUUUGUGCAAGAUUGCAGUACAGUUUCACCAUACUCUCUUCUAUUUUUUGGCGGUGAUAUUUCGACGUCUGUUGAUGAAGAUGAAGAAAUUGUAACUGUUGAUUAUUGGAUCAAGUUUAAUUGCAGAUUGAGUGUUGCCAUCUUGGUUAAGAGAUUACGUGAAGAGUUCCAUAGACUUUUAGAAGACAAAAUUCGUAACCCUUGCUUGACGUUGAACUUUGGCGAGAAAUCCAAAACUUCAAAAAGACAAAAUGUAGUUCUAAAAACCAUAAUUGACUUGAUUACUAGCGAUUGACGUAGUUAGAUGUUGUCCAAAUCAUUUGCUAUGUCGACAAUUAUGAUUCAUAAUGAAUUAAGCUUUUGAGAAAUGUUGAAAGUCCCCCUAUCGACUCUCCCUUCUCCCAUCCAACCUUUCCCCUUCGCCCACGAGUUGGUACCACAGAGAGGAAUUUUAUUUUUAUAAAAGGAAGUUCUCGGUGUGGUGUGGAUCACUGAUGUGGGGUACACGGCGAAGUACGUUGGUAGGAGAAGCAUCAACGAAUUUUUUUUUUCAUUUCGACAAAUAAUUGGUAGAUUAGGUGCAGCCUCUCACGUCUGUUGAUCAUGUUCCAGAAGCUGGUUUAAUAGACGAACCUGGAAUCCAAUUUAUUGAGUGACGAUAAGUUGACGUCGGACGUGUGUUGAGCACAUUAGUUUUUUAAAUUAUGAUUUUUUACUUAUUUCUUUGAUUGUGUACAAAAAAGCGCAUUUUGGCAUCCCACGGUUUUAAAAUUCAAGCGAGUUUUUGUAAUUCA